AAAAAAGCCUCAUGUGGAACAUUCCCACGCAGUAAUCUACAGAACUUCAGUCUAUUACUGCACGGUAUGGACAAUCCCACAUGCAGCCCUGCCACUUUAGUCCUCCUCAGCCUGUCAUGGCACAGAGAAGCCUUCAGAUCUUCCUAACAGGCUAAUUAAAGCAUUAUAAAGGAAGAUGGGGCUUUUGCAGUCGAAAAAUGCGUGUAAACGCAGGGAAAGUCCAGAAGGUGGCACUUUGGCGACGGGUUCUCUUCUCCUGCAGGGAGAGUCGGCUCAUCCCGGAGAGUCGGCUCAUCCCAGCGAGUCACACAAAAUCCGAAACAAGCAGAAUAUGUGUGGUGCAGAGCUAAUGGAUGACCACUUCUUGGAUCAUGACUGCCCUCUGGAGGUACUCUUGCCACCAGAGAGAACAGCUGAAUGUCAAAGUUACAAAGUUUCAUCAGAAAGUGCAGAUCCCCCAAGGAGCAAUGCAAAAACUGAUGACAUGGAGUGUAAUGUGCCCUUUGUGGAUAAAAAUAACCAAGAGUGGGUGUUUACUUUGUACAACUUUGACAACAGUGGCAGAGUAACCAAAGAGGAUAUGUCCACCCUGAUGCAUACCAUCUAUGAAGUAGUGGAAGCAUCGGUCAAACAGACUGCACUCUGUGACAGCAAAACACUGCGUGUCAAACUAACUGUAACACCUUUAAUAUCCAGUAGCAACAGAAGAGAGCGAGAUAUUAGUCUUCCACAGAACAUGCAGGAUCACCUGGAGGAACACCACCCGAUUCACAUCAGGUCAGCUCAUUAUUUAAAGCUGCACUGGCAUCCCAUCCAGGGUGUAUUCCUGACUUGUUUCCAGUGUUCCCAGGAUAAGCUCCACAUCCACCCUGAAGGACAGAGCACAAAUCCUGCUGUCAGCUCUGAGAAGAAAAUUUACCGCAUUGAUGAGAACACAGAACGCAGAAACCACUAUUUAGACCUGGCUGGGAUUGAAAACUACACCUCCAAAUUUAAUGCAGACCACCCACACCAGUCACCCAAUGAGGAGCAGUGUCAGGAAAGCCCCACACAUGGCACCAGCUCUGCCCACCAUCGAUGGCCUCAGCUAGAUCGUGGCAGCCUGGGGAAGUCUGGUGGCCGCGGCCUCCCCUUUCUCAGGUCUCUGCGGAGCCGCAGCAAAUCAAACAGGAUUUACGGGCAUCACCCAGUCAGCUGGUGUUGUCCUCGUGUUCCACAGCAGCACCCUCUGCAUUACAGUCACAGUAAACGUGUUCAUGCCAGGCCUCGUGAUGCCAAAUUAGCCUCUGUGCCUCCUCUGGGGCUAGAUUUGGAGCUGCAGCCUGGUGGCAUUUCUCCUGGUGGAUUCAUGCCCAUGGCUCAGAGGCAUGAGCACCAUCACCUCCAUGAGCAUCACCAUCAUCACCACCAUCACCACCACCAUUACUAUUCCUCCUGACUGCAGCCUCUCAGAAAGAAAGACAGACUGAGAAGGAGCUUUUUUAGGUGGUGACCCUCAAAAUUGCACACACAAAAUGUUUCUUCAUAAAUCACAUCCAGAAUCAGAUGUGGAAAGGGACAGUGUUUCUCCAUAUUUGAAAGAAAAAACACAGUUUGUCAAGGAAUUUAGGGGGAAAAAACUAUGCAACAUUGGGUGCUAUGUGUAGUAAUACAUCAUUUGCUUUUUUCAUAAUCUAAUACUAAUAAAUAUGUUUUACUACCUUUCUUUAUAAGUUCAGAAACUCCAGUAGAUUCUGAUAUUUAAAUAAACCCUUACAGUGAUGUAUUAUGCUUGUAAAUAUAAUUGUGCAGGGUUCUGUAUUGGCAUAGAAUGUAAUACAUUAAUGUAUAUUUCCUCCUGAAAACUAGCUGACAUGGCCGUUGUUUUAGAAGUCAACUCACUUUUCUAAGCCCAGAAGACUGAUAGGAAAUCUCUAGAUUUUCUAUAAGAAAUAACCACUCUUUUUAUACAACCUAUAUUUCUAAUGUGUGAUGAAAUUGUUGUAUAUUUGUACAUUAAAAAUAUAUAACCAGUAAUCAAUGGUUCAGUAAUCUUGAAUCAAUUGUUUAAUAUUCAUAUAAAUUAGAGUCUAAAGAUUUUACAGGAAAUAAUGUUGUAAAUUUUGAAGACUGUGGUGUUUGAAAAAUAUAUUUAUGUUUAAGAAUUAGACCAUCCAGGACAGGUUGUGAGUGUACAGUAUAUUUUAGUACAUAAUCUGAUAUAUUGUUGUAGAGGUCAUUUUUAUACAACGUGUCUGAUAAGGAAACUAUAAUGUAAUUUCUAGUAUGAAGAAGUCAUGAUAGGUGUAUAACCUUUUUUAAUUAGGAGAGAUGUGAAAAUAGUAUAAACACAAUCACAAGAAUGAAAUGGUUAUCAAUACAUACCUAAAAUUCUGUAUAAUUUACAUAAUUGUAUACAUAAAUUGCUACUUAAAUAGGCUUACACAACAGGAGUUGUUAUUGAAAAUGUAUGGAUUGGGCUGCUGUUAAAUGACUGUAUGCUCUCCGAGGUAUAUAAGGUAUACAAUCUGCGAACAUGUGGAGAAUGUGAAAGGCACAGCAGUUCAUGCUGCACACAGUCUGUUAUUAAUUACAAGUUAUAUAGUAGUUGCAGUUGUAGAAAGGGAAAA